AGUUCAUAAUCAGCACAGCAAAGCUCAACAAUAAUUUUAGUAGGUACUUAAGUGAAGCUAAGGCCCUCCAAGUGUUUAGAGUACUUUCGUCUACAGUAGUGCAAAGAACCAAAAGUAAAGAAAAUGCGUAGUUGUAAUACCGUUAGUGUGGUAACACAGCUACUAGUUAGCUGUAGCCUUUUAGUCUUGGUCUCCACCACACCAAGAAUGGAACAAAAUACAACCAAAGGAUAUUUGAAAGACAUCGAGCCGGUGGAUGAGGACCAGAGCGAAGGACCUUCACCACGCAUUGUUGGCGGUCAGUAUGCAGCCGAUGGACAAUUUCCACAUCAAAUAUCAUUAUAUAUAUUCGGUGAUUUUACUUGCGGUGGAUCGAUCAUAAGCGCCAAUUACGUGGUGACGGCGGCACAUUGUGUAACCAGCAAGCCAGGCAGCAAUUAUCCAGCUUAUUACUUCACUGUGCGUGCCGGCUCUUCCCAGCUAUACAGCGGUGGUGAGUACGUACGUGUCGCCGAGACGAAAGUUCAUCCGCAAUACCGUAGUUUCGUAAAUGAUAUUGCACUCUUGCGUUUGGGUUCGAAACUCACCUUGUGCAGCCGCAUUAAGGCUAUACCGUUAGCUAGCGCCGAACCACCCAGCGGCUCUGCCGUCAUCAUCUCGGGUUUUGGUCGCGUGCGUACGAAUGGUGAAUUGUCGACACGUCUAAAAUACAACACAUUGCGUAGCAUUAGUAAUGCUCAGUGUAAUCGGUUGGUUAGAGGUGUCGCCUCAACUACGCUCUGCUUGUCACACACGGCUGGAAAUGGUGCCUGUAAUGGUGACUCUGGCGGUCCGGGUGUCUACAAUGGUCAGUUGGUUGGUGUGAGCAACUAUAUUGUUAAUGGUUGUGGCUCGACUUAUCCCGAUGGUUAUGCGAAGGUUCCUUCAUUCCGCAAUUGGUUGCGUCAAAACUCAGAUUUACCGUGAGGGAAUCGGAACUGUGGUAUGGACUAACCCGUUGUGAAAUAGCAAAUAAAGAAACUUAGAGUUUAUAAGCAAAAAGUAUUGUUUAAUAAAAGUAAUACUAACAUAAGA